AUGCCAAACGCUUUUGGACUAUAUGGCUCCUCUCCAGCUGGUUAUAAUCAUAAUUCUGCAACAACUGCAGGGAAUUCGAACUCUAAUGAGGAUCUCGGUUCCUCCCAAUUCAAGGAAAGUAAUGUAUACAUCACUGGACCACAGAGCGAAGGUUCGGCAGUGUGGGUGGCUGCACCUGGCCGAGACAUGACUAAUUUGCCCACUAGUUCAUUCUACAACCUUCCUCCUCAAGGUCCGCAUGUGACAUUUGCCCCGACUCAGACUGGCCACGCCACUUUCGCGAGCAUCUAUCACCCCGCUCAAGCAGUGACAGCUGCAGCAGUCCAUCCACUGUUGCAGCAAUCUCAAACAAUGGCAGGAGCAGUUGACAUGGUAGGACCAGGUGGAAAUGUUUAUCAGCAACCUCAACAUGCACAGAUCAAUUGGCCAAGCAAUUACUAG